AUUGUAAUUUUUUAGAGUCAUGCCGAACAUCUACCUUUCAAAUGUGAAUAUUGCGCUAGACUUUUCAAACAUAAAAGGUCUAGAGAUCGGCACACCAAGCUGCAUACUGGGGAUCGACGAUACCGUUGUCCACACUGCGAGGCAGCUUUCUCUCGAAGUGAUCAUCUAAAAAUUCAUAUGAAAACCCACGAUAAUCAGAAACCAUUCCAAUGCACGGUAUGCAAUCGUGGCUAUAAUACAGCUGCAGCAUUAACUUCGCAUAUGCAAAACCACAAGAAACAAGCAGCCAUUUUAUCGGCAGGGGGAAACCCUCAAGCUCUUAAUUACAGUCCUCGAUCAAGUGGAUCGGUAUCAAGUGGUGGAAGUUUACAAAAAAGGAGCUAUGGCGCAUCAUUAAUUACCGGUGAUGGUAAAACCAAUCGAAUGGACCAUCCGAAACGACCCAGCACAGUCAAUCUGCUGACGUGUAAUUAUUGCUCCAAGUCCAAGUUUAUUUCUAUUGAGCAGUUCAAUGAACAUAUUAGCUCGAACCAUAGCAAUGAUUUCAUUUCCGUAAAGAAACCGGCUUCACAGCUUGCUAUAAGUAACGCUAUUUCGGAUAUAAACCCGUUCCAGCUGAGUUGUGAAUAUUGCACUAGAGAGUUUGGAAACCUUCCAGCUUUAUUUCAACAUAUACGCCUCGCACAUGUCGAUCGAUUGGCCAGUCCCAAUUCAUAUUUUGAACAUUUCAAUCGUUUGGCUGCAUGUGGUACUUUUAGUCCUCGUUUGGUAAGUGACAAAACAGUUGAAAGUGAAGGCAUCAUGGUAAAUGAGAGUAAUAUAAAACUAGAGCCACUUUUACCUUCAGCAAACGUCCAUGCUGAAAAACAAGAGGAUGAGCCCACUGAUCUUAGUCAAAAUAAUCGACGUUCAUCAACUGCGCUCCCAAUGCCCGAAGAGACUCUCCAGCCAGAUAUGUUUUUUUGCAAUCAAUGUAAUGCUGGAUUACCAGAUUUUGAUACGUUUCGAAACCACUUAAAAACACAUAUAACGCAAGACUUAAACCUUAUAUGUCAUCAUUGUGGUUUGGCUUUACAAGAACAAUCAGAACACGAACGGCAUGUGAUUUCACAUUAUUUAAUAACAAGUUCUGAAUAUAUUUGUGCAGGCAACAAGUGUGCCAAAUCACAUUCAAAACCGGAGGAACUUCAAGAUCACAUGUUUGAGCAGCACGCAAUCCCUAUGUUCAAAUGUUCUGUGUGCUCCGAACUAUUUGAGUCAAAAAUGGCAAUUCAGAUGCAUUUCGCUUGUACACAUUCCAUUGAAACUAAAAUAUUCCGUUGCUCAGCCUGUAUGGAAAUAUUUCGAUCUGAAAAUGAGUUUAGUACGCACGUCAAAUCACAUCAUCCUGGUCUUAAUAGACCGAUACCCAAUUCCCUUCAAUGCAUGUUUUGCCGCACUAUCUGUUCAAAUGAAUUAGAGAUGCAUUUUCAUUUAGCUGCACAUGCUCGUCAAUUCCAGUGCCCUUCAUGCCCGGAAACAUUUCAUGUAGAAUUUCUUUUAGAUCGACAUAUGCAAAAUCAUCACACAGACAAUAAUCGAGAAACAUUGUCUUCGCACGAAACAUACGAAGAAGUAUCAACAUCAUCAAAUAUGCCGAGUCAAAUAAACUCUCUUUAUAUGAAUUCCUUAAUAAACAAAGCGCCACAAAUGACUAUUUCUUCGCAAAAUAACAAUACUAGCGUUCUUGACUACAAUAUUGCUUUUGCGGCACAUCUUAAUAAAAGCAUUUUCCCUGGUCCCCAUGAGGCUGCGACAACAUUGACCAAUGGGAAGUUUUACAAUGCUUUGCAAGUGGAUACAGACACCGUGAAACAUCCCGAUCUCAUGUAUGGCCUUAGUCGACGGUAUUUUGACACAAGCCGGACAUUGAUAGAGAUGUAUGCACAGCAUAGAAUAGAGAAACCAAAAACUGUGGAAAACUAUUACAACAGACCAAAACAACAACAUUUAAAAUCUCAAACAGAUUCAAACCGAAUACGAUCACCCGUAGAGUCAAUAAUUCCAACUUCCAUUUCUUCGAACUCUUCAAAGGGUUAUAACUGUGAUAUUUGCGAACGUAAUGACUUUCGAUCAGAAGGAGAAGUUAAUUCGCAUCGUAAAAUCGUUCAUAACAUAAAAACGGGUGUUAGUCUGCGCUGCGCUUAUUGCUCAGGAAAUUUUAAGUCACGCACUGAGUUGGAACAUCACAUGAGAACUUGUCAUAAUUCCACCGGUAAACACAAAUGUCUCAUUUGCGAUGAAAUUUUUCCCUCGCCAGCUAUAUUGGCAGAACACAAAUUGCAACAUUCCAAGGUUGGUCAAUCCGGAAAAUGUUCCCACUGCAGCAAACCAUUGGACGAUGUUGCAGCGUUUAAAGCACAUCUCAGUGAGCACAACAUUGAGAGUCAGCUUCCCAUGCAAUGUAUCUGCUGCCGACAAUCGCUCCACUCUGAUUUUGAAAUCAGCUUGCAUGCUCAGUUCCAUACUAAAUCUUCGAACGUCCCAGAAAGUGUAUGUGCCCUUUGCUUGGAGUCUAUUCCGAACCCGAUUAACGGAGAAGCAAAAGUUUGUGACAAAUGCUGCCGGAAACACAAACUUGGCGCACAUUUUAAGGGCCAAAGGUUACGUAAUGUCCCUUAUGAACCAAGUUCCGAAGCUUGCCGAAGCACAUUGAAGGUUGAAAGUCGUUGUAAUAUCUGCAAAUUGAUUCUACCAUGCACCCAAAAACUCCAAGAACAUUUAGUCGAACACACAUUUGCUGGUUGUGAAGAGCGAGGCUUUAAUUGCUAUAUAUGCUCUGCUGUGUUUACUGCUCCAAGUGGUUUGCUAUCCCACAUGCAUGAGCAUGGAUUGCAGAGCAGGCCCUACGACUGUAAUCUAUGUAGCGAAAAGUUUUUUUUCCGAACGGAACUUGAGCAUCAUUCACUGACUCAUGAGAAGCGGGACCUUCUUGAGCCUAAAAAUAAAGAAAAAUGUGAGAACAAAUUUUCAUUUCUGAAAGAAGUCGAUAACUCUGCGUCCCAUCUGACUGAAGUUAAAAGGGAAAUACUCCCGGUUGAUGAUAAAAUCAUAGCAGGCGAAGAGGAUGAAUAUAUCGAAAUAGAAAAAGUUACUGAUAUCCAUCAGACAUAUAAUAAUGCAAAGCAAACUUUUGUCACACAUAAAGAAGGCUUACCAAUGGAAGAAUUAAACCAAAAUUGUGCCGAAGAAAACCGUAUUUAAUUAUUUAUAGUUGUCUACUUUGAUGCCUCUUAGAAAAUAUUUAAUAUAAUUAUACAUACAUAUGUGAACAUACACAAUACUAUUGUUGUAUGUCAACCAUGUUAAAUUAUUCACAUAAAUUUGCAAUUGAUUGUUUCUUUUACAGUUCAGCGUUUUAGCACUUUUACAGUUAUGAAUUAGAACAUUUUGUUUUUUGUGAUUUUAUUGUUAUAUAAAUGCCCAACACAAAACGCAAGAUAAUUUUCCACUAAUCUAAAAUAAGGCGAUUUUGUAGAAUGUGAGAAGUAAGAUACAAGAAACUUAUAAAUACGUAUUCAGAUUUCAUUCUAUAAAUAUCAUUUCAAUGAUUAUUGAUGAUAUAUUUAGUUUAAUUGUAGAAAAUUAAUUUGAUUAUUAACCUAAAAAUAAUCCUGCUUACAUAAAUCUAGAAACAGUAAGCAUGAACCUAAGGGGGUACUAAAUAGGAUAUCUAUUAUUAUGUAUUUAUGAAACUUUUAUCAAACGAGCAAAUAUAUGUAUAACAGUGUGACUAUGAACUAAUAAAAACUUGUUUUACUCUUCAUGAUAGCUGUUAAAUACCAUAUCGUCACCUGAAAUGCAAAAUAACGUAACAACAUUUUCAGAAAUUUACAGUGGCAUGAAUGAAACACGAAAUAAAAUCAAACAUGAGUGAAGCAAAAUAUUAAUAUUGGUUAAGAUUGGUUUAUAUAUGACCGCAGAACCAGAAAAUGUUGAACAUAUGUAAUAUUAUGUAUAUAAUUUGAAGUAGUGAAGCGUAAUCAAUAAGACACUCAAUUUCGAUUUUUUUGAUGAUACGUUAUUUUGCAUUUCAGGUGACGAUAUAUACAUACAUACAUAUGUAAGUAUGUAUGAGGUUACAAUUGCUUCGCAGCACCCCAUAUUUCACUUGAAUCAGAUAAGUAUACACAAAUACAUACAUAGGCAUAUGUCUAUGUCAGUGAUGCCCAGACGCACACUACCAAACUGUGUGCUUGUAUUGGAGUAUGAGAGAGCUUGCUGCUACACCCAAAAAAAAUACAAAACUUUAGUAUUAAUUAAUAUAAAAAAAAAUUUGAAAGUGAUUCGACAACUUUUACAAAAUUCUGAAAUUAAUGAAAUUCCUUAUUAAUUUUUUAUCAAUUACAAAAAUAAAGACAAUUCACCUGUCAAAAAGAAAUUAAAAUUCAAAAAAUUUUAAA